AUUUAAUUAGAAAUAAAAUAAAUACAAAAAAAUUCCUAGACAUCAUGAACGCGUCUUUUGUCUCGUGUUGUUGUCUGAUGCUGUUAGCUGGCCAGUCAGGGAUCAAGCUGUUAGCUGGUAGAAACAGCGUUUUUAUCAAAUAAAAUUUAGAUUUAUCCACUACCAAAGCGUUCAAAGAAUGAGAAGAGUUACCUUAUUUGUUAACGGGACACCUAAAAAUGGCAAGGUGGUAGCAGUCUAUGGAACUUUGCCCGAUUUAUUAUCUGUCGCAAGCAGUAAGCUGGGAAUCAAAGCUUGUUGUUUAUACAAUGGGAGAGGUGGUCUUAUAGAUGACAUUGCCUUAAUACGAGAUGACGAUGUGCUGUAUGUGUCGGAGGGAGAUCCAUUUAUUGACCCUCAGAAUGAAGUGAAGGUUACAUCUGAGCGCCUGGGAGCUCACACCGAUUGGCUGACCCUCAACAUUGGAGGGCGUCUAUUCACCACCACCAGGAGCACCCUAGUCAGCAAGGAGCCAGAAAGCAUGCUUGCUCACAUGUUCCGGGAGAAAGAUGUGUGGGGUAACAAGCAGGACAAGCAUGGUGCCUAUCUAAUCGACCGCAGCCCCGAAUACUUUGAGCCCAUUCUCAACUACCUGAGACACGGUCAGCUUAUUAUCAAUGAAGGGAUCAAUGUAAGAGGAGUCCUCGAGGAGGCACGCUUCUUUGGGAUUGAAAAGCUGGCUGAACAGCUGGAAGUAACAAUCAAGAACUCGCAGCCUCCUGAGGACCACUCUCCCAUUUCCCGCAAAGAGUUUGUUCGCUUCCUCAUGGCAACGCCUACCAAGUCUGAGCUCCGCUGUCAGGGACUGAACUUCAGCGGUGGGGAUCUGUCUCGCCUCGAUCUGCGCUACAUUAAUUUCAAGAUGGCCAACUUGAGCCGCUGCAAUCUGUCACAUGCUAAUCUGUGCUGUUCUAAUCUGGAGCGGGCCGACCUUUCUGGAGCCAUAUUGGAUGGAGCUAAUUUACAAGGAGUGAAGAUGCUGUGCUCGAACGCUGAAGGAGCUUCUCUCAAAGGAUGCAACUUUGAGGAUCCUUCUGGACUCAAGGCCAAUCUGGAAGGCGCAAACCUGAAAGGAGUUGACAUGGAAGGAAGCCAAAUGACUGGAAUCAACCUGCGUGUGGCCACCCUCAAAAAUGCAAAGCUGAAGAACUGCAACCUGCGGGGGGCCACUUUGGCAGGAACAGAUCUGGAGAACUGUGACCUCUCCGGCUGUGAUCUGCAGGAGGCCAACCUCAGGGGCUCCAAUGUGAAAGGAGCCAUUUUUGAGGAGAUGCUGACCCCUCUGCACAUGUCACAGAGUGUCAGAUAGCCACCUGGCUGCUCAUCCUUUUCUUCCAUCAAUCACACAGUCUGUUCUCUUGAAUUCCCUCUUUUUUCCCCUUGAACUCUGUGUUCCCUGGCAUUCCACCAACAGCUUUAAAUAUCUUGCACUAGGAUUUAUCCAGGGUUGUCAAUAUGCAUUUUUAAAAUGUUAAGCUGCACACACACCACCAAAAAAAAUCUUAAGUGUGUUAAAGUUUCUGGAUUAUUGUUUUGCAUAAUUUAUAUUGACGUCAUUCAAAGCUCAAAAGAUUUCAAAUCCUCUCACCUGUGAUUUUCAUGAAGUGUUGUUAGGUUUCAAACGUAAAGCUUUACUUUAUCUGUUUUUCCUGUGCAUGGUAGACAAAUUUCUUCCAAAAAUGUUUUAUUUUUUUGCUGGAAUUAUCAAGCAAUGCAAGCUAAAGCCAUACAGUACAAUAGAGCAUUGUAAAAGGCAAGAAGUGCUGUUUGUGCACCAGUAAAACUAUGCUACCUUAAAUAUGCAACACAUGACAGAGAGCUGUGAGGAUUUCCAUUUAAAAAAGACCCUUUUGUUUUCUGUGCUCUGUGAAUCUACCUCUGAAAGUGUGCGAGCGAUCCACAGUUGCAAGUGUUUAUAUAUAUAUGUGUCAUAUAUUAUUUCUCAUAAAAAAUGUAUAUAAUCCACCUGAGCGUGCUUCAAAAGAGCCGUGUCCUCAUUGUUGUAUUCUCCUGGAACAUGUAGUUUCACUCAAUCACCCUUUGAAUCUGUUUUGCACAUGUUUGUUGUUUGGUUUACUUUUCUUACCAAAUAUGUUUUUAAUGAUCUUUGAGGUAAACAAAAUCCAGUGCUUCCAAAAUGUUCCCCCAAAAAGGAAUUGGUUAGAUGUUUUUGUGAGGAGUUUCUCACCUGUUGGUGUCAGUCAUUGUGUUUUUGCAUGUCUGAAGUCUGUGUGGCUGCAGCUGAAAGCUGCUCUGCUGCAAUGCUGUUAUUUAAAUAGUAGGUACCCAGCCUGUUGGAGUGAAUGAUGAAGGCAAUCAUGUUGUGUUUUUAAUAGUGUGACAACAAUGGAGGGAGUCUGUUUAUUUAUUUUAAUAUAUCUUAAUGAAUGCAGUACGGGGGAGAUGUGUUUGGUUUAAAGAGUGUGUCUAAGUAUUGACUUCAAAAUAAACUUCUAUGAAGAGAAAAAUGAGAUUGUUGGGGAUUUUUGUUUCAGAUAAAAUCAUUUUAAAAAUGCCUGCAUGGAGCUGGAAGCCUUUUGAAACAACAUGUAAUGUGCUGUUUUUAUUAAAUGGCAAAAAAAAAAAAAA